GACAAAUCAAGUGCGUAGUCUAUUAAAAAUAUUACUGAGUGGAGUCUGUCUCACUACAGAACAAUUAAGCUACUGUACUUGAUUGAAAAUUGAAGACAAUACUAAAUGGAAGACCAGACUGUAUAGACCUCACCCUUGUGUUGUAUGCUAAAAUAACGCUACUACAGUUUGAAGUAAUUAAUUGCCGAGAGCCAAGACAGAAAAGCAUGAGUCUGCUCGCGCUCUUUGCCGUACUUUUAGGACUACUUUUUCCGGUGAAAGCUUCGGACUUUACCCACAAACCGAGAGUGACAUUGACAGACAAGGAUGUGAGCUUCCUAAGAAUCCAACUGUCUGGGAAUAACAGCCAUAUAGAUCUCCUGCAUGGCCCUCAUGACAACAUAGUAUAUGCUACAGGCCACAAAAACCUGUUCCAGGCAAACUUCCACAAUUCUAAGACCUCUAGAAUGAGUCCUGUGUUUGGAGAGGGUUGUAGAAGUAAUGAUCCCAGAUCACCAGACUGUCACUAUAACAUCACUGUUUUACGCAAGACUAAAGAUCCAAACCAACUGUUCCUGUGUGGAACCAAUGGACAACAACACACAUUGUGCUGUUACAUGAACCCAUCAGACGACCCGUUUAUCUGCACUCCAUCCAAGGGCAUCCAAGACAUUGGUCAACACAUAAAUGAAAGAGAGCCGUCGCUCCUCAUUGUUUCUUCUGAGGUAGAGGAGUUCUACAUCACUCACUCAGGCACAGAGGGUUCCGUGGGGAUCAACAGGUUUGGGAAGAACAUGAUAUGGACAAAGAGUGGAACAGAACAGAGAUAUGUGAGUUUGGUGGCUAGCGGGCAGAGAGAGGAUCGUCUGCAGGACAGACUAUAUGCUUUCUACAUAGAGAAGAUCCAAGACCCGAGUUUGGACUCUGAUCUCUGGGUUCCCCGGGUUGCUCAAGUCUGCAUGGCUGAUAUUGGAGGACCUAAGGGCUAUCUGCAGUUCAAGUGGACCUCCAAGCUGAGUGCCAGGCUCUUCUGUGGAGAACAUGGCAGCAGGCUGUCCUUCACCCAGCUAGUGGACGUGAACACUGUUCUGGCAGAAAGGUGGCAGGAUACCAGGGUCUAUGCACUCUUCAGGAAUGGCUGGGGUAUGAGUGCUGUAUGUGUCUACACCAUAGCAGAUAUUGACCGCAUCUUUAAAACCUCCAACUUCAAGGGACACACGGGGUCCGUUCCAAGCCCACGACCUGGGGAGUGUGUUAAAGACAGUACUAAAAUCCCCAUGGAAGUCCUGAAGAUGGUGGACGAGUUUUCAGAGAUGGAGGAGUGGGUCACCAGUGGGCCUCUCCUGGUCACUCACCAGUAUUACCACCACAUCUGUGUGGACAGCGUCCAAGGCAAAGGGAAUGUCCUGUUUCUGUCUUUAGAGAAUGGAGAGAUUCAUAAGAUUCUGGAGAGGGAUGGUCAGGUCUUCGUCAUCGCUGAGUUACAACCUUUUAACUACAUAGCACACAUCCUCAGUAUGAUGUUGCAGUCCUCCACGGGGAAGCUGUAUCUGGGCUCCAGCAGAGAGCUGGUUCAGAUUGACCUGGACAGCUGUGAGCAGUAUGGAGCCCAGUGUGAAGACUGUGUCCUGGCCAGAGACCCUUACUGCGGCUGGGACGGCAAUCACUGCACCACAGCUACAAAUAAGACAAUUCAGGAUGUGGAGAACGGGAACCAUCAGGUAUGCAGCAACAUAUCCAGAGGAGUUACUGCAAGUAAAGUUUACUUUCCAAGGUCAUCAGUUGGCGAUGGAAUCAGAAUUCCUCUAUCUUCAAAGUACUUCCUCAAUUGCCCAACCCUGUCCAGCCACGCUGAGUACAGCUGGAGGCAUCAUGGCAACACCACAGCAACACCGUGUAUCUCCACAGGGUCAGAGCACCAGUGUCUCCUGCUAAUAGAGAGCAUGGGCCCUGAGCAGCAGGGGACAUACAGCUGUGUGUCUGAGGAGAGGGGCUACCACAGGACCCUGGUGCAAUACCAGUUACAGCUAGACAGUGGGGCCACAGGCCUGGCUUCUCCCCGCUUCGGUUGUCUGGGUCUGGUACUAACACUGGUCCUGACUUUGCUCUGCUAGAAUCAGCUCUGUGGGUUCUCACCCCAGCCCUAUGACCGAGCGGACUUGACUUGCACAUGUCUGCACUUGUACUUUGGUCUUCCUUACACCACGCUACCUCAAGAAUAGUUCAUGACAGUCAACAGUCAAGUGACCGAGCCAUUUCCUUUGUUACUUUUACAAUCAACUUGUCAAAAAACAGAACGCUUUAGAAGUUGAAGGAACUGCACUUGUGCGGAGUUAAGGAUUUAUCUGGAGGAAUUGGCCUUUAUGUAUUUUAUAAUCAUGCUCUGUUUUCCAAUAUGGAACUUUGCAGAUGUUUGAAAUAUUUUAUGUGACAAUCUGAAUGUAUAGUAUAUUGCAAAAAUACUUACGUUUUUAGAAAUUUUAGAAAUAUGUACAUUUUUUCUUAACUUUUAAGUUUCAUGCUAACAGCAUGAUAGUUGUAAAUAUAUACAGUACCAGUUAAAAGUUUGGACAUUGCAGGGUUUUUAUUUAUUUGUACUAUUUUCUACAUUGUAGAAUUAUAGUGAAGACAUCAAAACUAUGAAAUAAUACAUAUGGAAUCAAAAAACAAAACUAAUUUGGGCCAAGAAACAUGAGCAAUGGACAUUAGACUGGUGGAAAUCUGUCCUUUGGUCUGAUGAGUCAAAAUUUUGGGUUCCAACUGCCGUGUCUUUGUGAGACGCAAAGUAGGUGAACGGGUGAUCUCCGUAUGUGUGGUUCCCACCGUGAAGCAUGGAGGAGGAGUUGUGGGGGUGCUUUGCUGGUGACACUGUCAGUGAUUUAUUUAGAGUGCAAGGCACCCUUAACUAGCAUGGCUACCACAGCAUUCUGCAACAAUACGCCAUCCCAUCUGGUUUGCGCUUAGUGGGACUAUAAUUUGUUUUUCAACAGGACAAUGACCCAACACACCUCCAGGCUGUGUAAGGGCUAUUUGACCAAGAAGGAGAUUGAUGGAGUGCUGCAUCAGAUGACCUGACCUCCACAAUCACCCGACCUCAACCCAGUUGAGAUUGUUUGGGAUGAGUUAGACCACAGAGUGGAGGAAAAGUCCUUCAAGACUGAAAAGCAUUCUAGGUGAAUCUGGUUGAGAGAAUGCCAAGAUUGUGCAAAGCUGUCAUCAAGGCAAAGGGUGGCUACUUUGAAGAAUCUCAAAUAUAUUUUGAUUUCUUUAACACUUUUUUGGUUACUACAUGAUUCCAUAUGUGUAAUUUCAUAGUGUAUGUUUUCACUAUUAUUCUAUAAUGUAGAAAAUAGUACAAAUAAAGAAAAACCCUUGAAUGAGUAGGUGUCCAAACUUUUGACCGGUACUGUAUAUAUAUUUUUCUGUUGCUUAUUUAUUUGUAUUAAUAUAUAUAAUUAAAGUGAGUUCCAAAAGUAUUGGGACAGUGACAAUGUGUUGUUGUUUUGGCUUUGUACUCCAGCACUUUGGAUUUAAAAUGAUACAAUGACUAUGAGGUUAAUAACCUCUAUGGGAUGGGUGUCCCUAAACCGGGACGGUUGUUUCUAAUGUGACUAGAAUGACGUUGUAUUCAACAGCCAACGUUCUGGGACAUAGACAUACAUACAGUAUGGGCAGAAAGCUUCAAUUCUUGUUAAUCUAACUGCAGUUUCCAAUUAACAGUAGCAAUUACAGUGAAAACAUAUCAUGAUAUUGUUUGAGUGCACAACAACAAAACCCUUUAUCAAAGCAACUGGUUUUAUACAUUCACCUCUGAAGGUAAAUAAUGUACUUACAUUAAGUAAUCUUGCGGGUCCCAGAGAUAAAAUAUAGCAUAGUUUUGUUUGAUUAAAUCCAUUUUUAUGUUCAAAUGUAGGAACUGGGGUCUACAGUUUGAUCCCACCGCUGUCUCUGGCGCUACACCCACCCCGCCCGGACAUCUAGAUGUGUGAAAGUUAGUGAACUGUAUAAGCUAAUGAUCCAUCAUGUAUGACAUUCCUGGGAGUGUGUAAACUUCAAUUUUUCUAUUACCAUGGCAUUUUUGCAUAAUCUCUAUUAGAGGUCGACCGAUUAUGAUUUUUCAAUGCCGAUACCGAUUAAUCGGACGAUUUUUAUAUAUAUAUAUUUGUAAUAAUGACAAUUCCAACAAUACUGAAUGAACACUUAUUUUAACUUAAUAUAAUACAUAAAUAAAAUCAAUUUAGUCUCAAAUAAUGAAACAUGUUCAAUUUGGUUUAAAUAAUGCAAAAACACAGUGUUGGAGAAGAAAGUAAAAGUGCAAUAUGUGCCAUGUAAAAAAGCUAAGUUCCUUGCUCAGAACAUGAGAACAUAUGAAAGCUGGUGGCUCCUUUUAACAUGAGUCUUCAAUAUUACCAGUUAAGAAGUUUUAGGUUGUAGUUAUUAUAGGAAUUAUAGGACUAUUUGUCUCUAUACUAUUUGUAUUUCAUAUAACUUUGACUAUUGGAUGUUCUUAUAGGCACUAUAGUAUUGCCAGCCUAAUCUCGGGAGUUGAUAAGCUUGAAGUCAUAAACAGUGCAAUGCUUGAAGCACAGCGAAGAGCUGCUGGCAAAUGCAGGAAAGUGCUGUUUGAAUGAAUGCUUACGAGCCUGGUGCUGCCUACCACCGCUCAGUCAGACUGCUCUAUCAAAUCAUAGACUUAAUUAUAAUAUAAUAAACACACAGAAAUACGAGCCUUUGGUCAUUAAUAUGGUCAAAUCCGGAAACUAUCAUUUCGAAAACAAAAUGUUUAUUCUUUCAGUAAAAUACCGAACCAUUACGUAUUUUAUAGAACGGGUGGCAUCCCUCAGUCUAAAUACUGCUGUUACAUUGCACAACGUUCAAUGUUGUCACAAUUAUGUAAAAUUCUGGCAAAUGAAUUACGAUCUUUGUUAGUAAGAAAUGGUCUUCACACAGUUCGCAACGAGCCAGGCGGCCCAAACUGCUGCAUAUACCCUGACUCUGCUUGCACAGAACGCAAGACAAAUUUUAAAAAAGGGUACGAUUCUUUACACAUAUACAGCAAGUGAAUUUGUCCCCUAAAAUGGGGGGACUAUGUACAAAAAGUGCUAUAAUUUCUAAACGGUUCACUCGAUAUAGAUGAAAACACUCAAAUUAAAGCUGACCGUCUGCACUUAGUAGUCAAAAGUUUUGUAUUUGGUCCCAUAUUCUGUAGAAAAUUGUUGGAUGCAUUUGCUGUUUGUUUUGGUUGUGUUCCAGAUUAUUUUUUGCCCAAUAGAAAUGAAUGGUAAAUAAUGCAUUGUGUCAUUUUUGGAGUCACUUUUAUUGUAAAUAAGAAAAGAAUGGGUCUAAACACUUCUACAUUAAUGUGGAUGCUACCAUGAUUACGGACUGUCCUGAAUGAAUCGUGAAUGAAGUUAGACGCACAAAUAUCAUACCCCCUCUCACCAUUACAAUAACGGGAGGUUAGCAUGGUGGGGGGGGGCAGCUAGGAUAUUUGUGCGUCUGUAUCUUUCUCACUCAUCAUUAUUCACAAUUCAUUCAGGACUAUCCGUAAUCCACAUUAAUGUAGAAGUGUUUGAAAUAUAUUCUAUUUUUAUGUACAAUAAAAGUGUCUCCAAUAUCCAAAGUGCUGGAGUACAGGGCCAAAACAACAAAUGUGUCACUGUCCCAAUACUUUUGAAGCUCACUGUAUGUGAAAUCAAUGGGACUUAUGACAUGUGUGUGAAAUGUUCUUGCUGUUAAAACCCCAGGCUUGCAUCACAGUAAAGUCUGUGUUCAAUGAGAAAAGCCCAAGCUGUAAUGAUAUCUCAAGGGAAAGAUUGUUUUUUAUUUGUUGAUACCAUUGCGUGACAAAUUAUUUGCCUCCUUUUUGAUUCUAUUUUUGAUACUGGAAGUUAUCAGCUCUUCAAAGCCUAAUAUUAGAUAAAGGGAACCUGAGUUUAUAAAUAACAAAUGUAUACUUACUUAACAAAGUUAUGCAACACCCAAUUCCCCUUACUGGUUACAUAACUGGUUGUCACCUUUUAUCUGCAAUGACUGCAACCAAAUGCUUCCUGUAGUUGUUGAUCAGUCUCUCGCAUCGCUGUGGAGGAAUUAUGGCCCACUCUUCAAUGCAGAACUGCUUUAACUCAGCAACAUUUGUGGGUUUUCAAGCAUGAACUGCUCAUUUCAAGUCUUGCCACAUCGCAAUUACUUUGUCACACAGGCAUUGCAUUACUUUGUUUCUGAAAUAAGUAUGUCAUUGUUAUUUGUUCACGCAUGUUCCCUUUUUCUAUUAGGUUUUGGUUGAAGAUCUGAUAACAAUCAGUAGAAAAAUAUGCAAAAGUAGAACAAAUUAGAAAGGAGGCUACUUUUUCACAGCACUGUAUCUGUGCAAUCCACACUGCUGAUUUAAUGCUUCCAUUUCUGGUGCAACAGAUGGAAAGGUUUGAGUAAGUGAACAUGAGUCAGACCUUUGAGGGGUGAAAGAUGAGUGUUCGAGUGGUGUGGCGAGCUACCAGGAGUCAGAGCAUCUGGGGGUGGGGGGCAUUUGCCUGCUGAAUCAUUUCCCAAACCUACAUUGGCCCCAAUUCCGACCAGAGUUAAGCGUGCAUUAAUAGAACAUUUUUAUUAAAAGUACCCGUAUUUCAAGGGAUGGCUUAAGAAUGUACAUUAAACUCAUAUGUUGGCCAGCAA